AUGCAACGAUACCUACUUUCUCGGUUUAAAGAAAUGCGCACGAUACAUGCUGCGUUUGCAUAUUUCAUGAUAAGUUGCCGUGCUGAAUUGUAAUAAUUUAAGUAUACAUUACGAUCAAUCAACACCUAACAUCAAAUUUCCUAUCUGCAACGACCAUUGAUGCAACUAAAAUGACACCAAACAAAAGCAGAAAGCUAAAUAAAUGGAAGCACCAGUAACACCCAUUAAUUUAGCACAGUUUUCGACUCUUGGUGCAAGCGAUGGGUCAAAGAAAACCAAAGCAGCAGUCUCAACACUUUGCAUUGAUCCAUUUGUCUUUGAGAUCCCCUGCUUUAGGCGCGUUUUCUAGCAUUUGUUCACUUGAAUUCUACAAAGCUGUCCUCGCAUGCAGACAUGAACCACGAUUCCAGCACUUGACAUGUGGAGAAAAGAAACUGAAAGAAAUCUGGAAUAGGCCCUGCUUAAACAAAUAUGCUAAAAGGUUAAGGUACAUCCUUGCUAGAUAAUGUUAGCUACUAUGAGCUCUUCACUUGCCCUUACACAUAUAUAGUAAUAUAUCAGCUUUUUUCUUCAGAUUGGUGAUCCAUCAUCUUAAGGAGCCUCUUUAGCAGUGUUUCCGUACAUACCCUGCAUUAGAAAUAUUUCAUAUUGCAGAGUCUGUCUAGUUGCUAAAUAUUUUGCAUCACAGAUUUGCACGAUUGCCAAGUGGUUGGGAGUUGCUGUUGACAAAGAUUCAGACUAAUAACAUGCCCAAUUCAUACCAAAGGAGAAAUGCUAACUUUUCAUUUUCUGGAGAAAAGUUUGCUGUAAUUUGCCUUUUCAAAACUAUAAAGAAACUCUCCCUCACUUUGUUUCAGGCAAGCCACAAGAUCCGAAUAUUACAAUCAGCUGCAUCUACCAGUGGAGUACAGUUCACCCAGUUACCCAGAAACUCUUGUAUUAAACAUAGUAGCGACUAGCAGCCUGUAAACCUGUGUGUGACCUGUCACAGUCCAUCUGCAAAUUGACCCACCUACUCAGACACUAGCACUCCUAAUGGCUAAAGCAUAAAGGUAGCAGCCAGGCCAUGGUCCGAAUCCAAUGGUGAUAUCACUUACCAUCAUGGAUUUAUCUGAGCCAAACGUUACAUACACCUUGCAAGCUUUCGGAUCAUGCAGAAAGAGAGAAUGAAAUGCAAUGCUUUUGCGAAACUUCUGGCGCUUGCUGGUCCAGAUGUGGGUGCAAGCUUCCAAAAAGGUGUCAGCUUAAUCCAUAAAUACUGGCUUCACCUGAGAAAAUCAACUCAAACAUUGCGCAAAGAUGAUGCUACUUCAUCGUCAAGCCAUCCUAAUGAAUCAAACAUUCUCAUAACCCGUUUCAACCGUUCUUCGAAUUCAAGGGAUUUUGAUCAAGAUGGAUGCAUGGAGAUCACAGACUACUCAUUACCCAAGGAUGACCUCUCAAAUGGCUCAGAUUGUAUGCUCUGGAAGAACGAAACAACUAGUCACCCGAAGGUUUCCAGGAUUUCAGAUGGAAUUUCGAGGCAGAGUGAUUCUGUCACUAACAGUAUGCAUGCUGUGAACCGUAAGUAA